GAGAAUACUAUACUCUCUCUAGAAAAUCUUAAGGAACUCACACCCACACUCUCUCUCUAGAAAACCGUAAGGAAAUCACUCUCUCACUGAGGAGAACUUGAAGCCCAUCCCCAGUUUUUCAGCCAACAUUCUUGAUUGGAGCAGAGUCCUUGAACUGAGUGUGUCUCAUUGGGGAGAUGUCUGCGUUCUUCUCUUUCUUUCUCUUCUUUUUCUCUCUUUCCACACUUUCCUUCACCAUGGCACUCAGAAUUGUCCCCCCAUUCGAGCCUGAAAGCAUUUAUCAAAUAUCCAAUUCUCUGAACAAGUUCUAUGACACUUCCAAGUAUGGAAUUUUUCAGCUCAACAAUGGCUUGGCCCUUACGCCGCAAAUGGGGUGGAAUAGCUGGAAUUUCUUUGCUUGUGCUAUAAAUGAAACGGUUAUUAAAGAAACAGCUGAUGCACUUAUCUCAACUGGACUGGCAGAUCUCGGAUAUAUAUUCGUUAAUAUAGAUGAUUGCUGGUCGACAGUAUCACGAAAUGGAAAGGGAGCGUUGGUACCAGACCCCAAAGAUUUUCCUUCAGGAAUCAAAGCCCUUGCUGAUUACAUACAUGAAAAGGGCCUGAAACUUGGUAUUUAUUCUGAUGCAGGGAUGUUUACAUGCCAAGUUAGACCUGGAUCACUUUACCACGAGAAUGGCGAUGCACAAUUAUUUGCCUCUUGGGGUGUUGACUACUUAAAAUAUGAUAACUGCUACAAUCUCGGCAUUGAACCAAAGAAACGAUAUCCACCAAUGCGAGAAGCACUAAAUGCUACUGGCCGCACCAUUUUCUAUUCUCUUUGUGAAUGGGGUGAGGAUGACCCAGCCUUGUGGGCAGGCAGGGUAGGAAAUAGUUGGAGAACAACGCAAGACAUAAAUGAUUCAUGGGCAAGCAUGACUACAAUUGCUGAUCUAAAUGACAAGUGGGCUGCAUAUGCUGGGCCUGGGGGAUGGAAUGACCCCGAUAUGCUGGAGGUUGGCAAUGGAGGAAUGACUUUUGAGGAAUACCGUGCACAUUUCAGUAUCUGGUCUUUGAUGAAGGCUCCUCUAUUAAUUGGUUGUGACGUGAGAAAUAUGACUGCAGAAACACUGGAGAUUCUAAGCAAUAAAGAGGUUAUUGCUGUGAACCAAGACCCUCUUGGCAUUCAGGGCAGGAAAGUUUCAGCUGAAGGAAGUGACUAUUGCAGCCAGGUUUGGGCAGGACCGCUCUCUGGAAACCGCAUGGUUGUAGCCCUUUGGAAUCGGUGCUCAGAACCCGUCACCAUUAAGGCCAAAUGGGAAACAAUUGGCCUCCACUCAUCAGCAAGCGUUCUCAUGAGAGAUUUAUGGAAGCAUGAGGACUUGGGAAAUAUUGAUGGCUUUUUCGAAGCCAUAAUUGCCUCGCAUGACUGUGGAAUGUACAUCCUUACCCCACUUGCACUCUCAAAUGCUGCUAUAUAAUCCUAUCCUUCUUUAAGAGUAUAAUUAUUGUAUGUACAUUUUGUUAAAAAAUAUCUACAUAGUUGGCUGGAGCUAUGAAAGUUGCCUAUCUCUCUGUGUGUAACAGCUUGUUUUUAUUUGUAUUUUUAAUGAAACUUGACAAUGCCAAAUGCACAUUACCCCAGGGGAAAAGAAACCAAUGAAGCAGAGUUAUAUUUCAAGUAGUUAUGAAUACAUUUGAGA